AUGCCUCGCUCAAGUCGAUCCUCUGGACCCUCCCGCUCUGCGCCUUCGGGCUCGCGUGGCGCACACACCAUGGCCGCCCCACCGCAGCAGCACCACCAGCAGCAGCCGACGUACGCCCAGCAGCAGCAGCCUGCCAUGGCGCAGCAGUCCCGUGGACCCGGUCUGUUCGGUCAGAUGGCCUCCACCGCCGCCGGUGUCGCUGUCGGAUCUACCGUCGGCCACGGUCUCUCCAGCAUGCUUUUCGGCGGCAGCAGCUCUGCGCCCGCCGAGCAGGCCCAGCAGCCCCCUCAGGCGUACAACCAGGGCGCUUACCCACAGCAACAGCAGAACGUCGGCGUCAGCUGCGAGCAGCAGAGCAAGGAUUUCAUCAAGUGUCUCGAGAGCACCAAUGACAUGAACUCGUGCUCGUACUACCUCGAGCAGCUCAAGGCUUGCCAGGCCGCUGCCCGCCCUUACUAA